CAAGUCAUACAGAUUAAAUAUAUACAAGAGGGUGAUAAUUCUUGUAAGGAGAAUAUAACUGAAAAGAUGGCCAACAUUCAAGAAUAUGCAGCAGUGAAGGUGAUGUUCAGUAAUAAUGUCCAAGCUACAUUGAGUGUUAAGCUGAUCAACGGAGAUGGAGAAGACCCUGCAGACGUUUACGGAAAUAUAAAUGGUCGAUUUGGCAUUGGCAGUCAAUUUUCGCUUUUUGCUAAGCAGCAAAGUCAGCGUAUUGAAGUAAGGCCUGGUGAAUUCAUUCCCUUGAGUCGGUCCGAUGUCAAUGUGCCUGAAGAAGCCAGGGAAAUGGAGAUUGAAGCUUACUUGAUGGACUAUGAUUCUGUUUCUCCCGACGAUGAAAUUGCAAACGGCAAAGCCGUCUUUCUCGUUAAGGCUUCUGGUGAAAGUGAUAAGAAGACCAUUACCGGAAAGUAUGGCUCCAUUGAAGUCAAUGUACUUUGGGGUUGAUUUCAUCUGAUUUGAUCUAAUCUAAUUAAUCCUGCUGCAGUCUUAAAUCUUAAUUACUAGCAACCAGCUAGUAUAACUAAAUAAAACUUCCCUGCACUGGUGUUCAUGUACUAUUUCAAUAUAAUUACCUAAAUAAUACGAAGUACUACGUACGUUUUUACCUACUUAA